AUGGUCCAGGAGGGAUCCUCGCACCCGUCGGGUCCAGGGGAGCUUGGCCACACUCCGUCCUCGGGGCAUCAAAAGGGGCAAAAUCUGAGCCUCCCACGCGCUCCUCUACUCGAUGGGCAAGGCGCAGCCACGGUGCCCGUCCCAUCACCUCUCAGCGGUCUAUUUAGGGAGAUGCCUCGUCUGGAAGAUAUCACCCGUGAUCCCCGAAGAGGGAUCAUCGACUAA